AUGCAAACCGGGUUGACCACGUCUAUCUGCGCUAUAUUGGAUAUCAUCUUUUUCCUCCGAUAUCCCAAUGGCUUGCAUCUUAUAUUCAACUUCGCUCUGUCAAAGUUGUACACGAACUCCCUUAUGUCCACCCUUAACUCAAGGAAAGGAUGGCGGCUAGCGACUACGCAGGCAAGCAUGCCCUCCGAGGACGCUAUAUGUCUUGCUACACCUACAGGGACGAUGCAGGAUUCAUCCCGUGCCCCACCAGAAGUUUUCGUGCAGGUUGAUUCACAAGAGCUCAGAGAUCCGCUGCCCGUACCACGACCGAUUGGGAGCACUGCGCGCAGAAAAUCGUCGCAGAUGGUACCAAGGAUUCCGUCCGCCCGACGAAUCAGCGACAUCGAGGGAGGCGCAUGGUCGUUUGGAAGUCUUGAAGCCGAUUCGACACUGCAUUACAACCAUGUUUAA